AUGAAAUACUUUUCACACGACGAGGCAGCUGACUUCCUUUCCAUAGUUACCUCCAAGCAUCUAGCGGUUGAUGUUGUAGGCCGCAAACUUGGCGGUACCGUGGUAAGCUGUUCCAAUGAGUGGUUCGCGGAAGCAAGAAAUUUACUGGAGCCUCGGGCCCCUAUCAGAGAUGCCACGAAAUUCGUGUUCGCGGGUGCAUGGUAUGAUGGCUGGGAAACUAGGCGUCAUAACGAAGAUGAAUACGAUUGGGUGAUCUUGAAAAUGGGCGUUGCAGCCGCUCGUAUUGUUGGUUGUGAGGUCGACACUGCUUUUUUCAACGGUAAUCACGCACCUGAAAUCUCUGUCGACGCCUUGUACUCCGAGUCAGAUGAUGAGGUUUUGGAAACCGAUGAUCGCUGGGAAGAGGUGAUUCCUAAGAAGGAGUGCGGCCCUUCUCAAAGACAUUUCAUGCUACGUGAUGCAGCUACUGAGGGCAAAUAUACCCAUGUGAAACUGAAAAUGUAUCCGGACGGUGGUAUUGCAAGGUUCAGACUUUUUGGUCGUGUGACCCCACCAGCGAGCCUCACCGCGUCGUCAGAACCCAUUGAUCUGGCAUCGGUGUGCAAUGGCGGCGUUGCUCUUUGUGUUUCAGACCAGCAUUUCGGCUCAGCCGAUAAUAUCCUUCUACCGGGGCGUGGGCAUGAUAUGUCAGAUGGAUGGGAAACCAAACGCUCUCGGACUCCCGGUCAUGUUGACUGGGCCAUCGUGCAAUUAGGCAGACGCUCCUCCAAGAUCACAAAUAUUAUUGUUGAUACCGCCCAUUUUAGAGGCAACUUCCCUCAAUUCAUCACAGUUCAUGGUAUUGAUUCUACUUCUUCAUCCCCGCCAGCUCAUGAUGAUCCAAACUGGUUCACCUUGGUUGAUAAGUCCAAGACCGGACCUGACGCUGAGCAUGUUUAUGAGAUCAAGGAUUUCAAUAAAAAUGCAACGCAUGUAAAGCUUACCAUGAUCCCUGACGGUGGUGUCAAGCGUAUUAGGGUGUUUGGUAACUAA